CACGGGAUGGCCGCCUUAUCGCUGCGCAGUUCAUUAUUUAGUUCAAUUCAAAGUGACAUACGCGAAUAGGACUUAUUUAUUUGAAUUUCCUGCGAAUUAUAAGUCGCCUUCUGCGCCAGUGUGUGUAAAGGCUUGACUUAUACAACUACUGCUUUCACGAGCGCAUAUUUUUUUGAGUAUCGUCAAAGAAUCUGUGAUUAUAAGAGAAAUUAAGAUGAGGGCUGUUUUCUUUGCUGUCCUCGGACUCGUUGCUGCCCUAGCUCCUGCCACAGCUACACAGUGUUACGUCAGCCCCGUCACCAUCAGGGAUGAGUGGCUCACCAUGGAGCAGACUUGCUACAACAUGAUGAGGAAACAGAUCCAGGAGGAAGUGGCCGCGUCAAUCCAGUACUUAGCCAUGGGGGCUUACUUCUCGAUCGAUACGGUGAACCGCCCCGGCUUCGCGAAGCUAUUCUUCGAUGCUGCGACUGAAGAACGCGAGCACGCGACCAAGCUCAUUGACUACCUGCUCAUGAGGGGAAAGCUGACAGGCUCCGUAACCGACCUCAUCACGUACAGGGCCCCCGCAAACACGUCGUGGGAGAGCGGCGCAUCAGCCCUCGAGCACGCCCUCAAGCUGGAGAGUGACGUCACCAACAGCAUCCGGGAGGUCAUCAAGACCUGCGAGAGCAGCUUCAACGACUACCACCUGGUCGACUAUUUGUCCGGGGAAUUCCUCGACGAACAGUACAAGGGCCAACGCGACCUCGCCGGCAAGGCCUCGACCCUCAAGAAGAUGAUGGACAAACACGCCGCCCUCGGAGAGUUCAUCUUCGACAAGAAACUCCUCGGAUUGAACGUAUAAAUAUUUUGCAUGUAACGCCGCCAUUACGUUCGAAUCCGUUUUGAAAUGUAACCAGUAAAAAAAUAUGGCGUAAAAUUGUAUUAUGUAAUAACCAAUCCAUAAUUAUUUUUUCAUUUAAACAAAUAAAAAUGUACAAACUUUAGUGUUUUAUUAUAAGCAUGCGUUUUAUUAGAGAAUGCAUCGGUUUUUUUUAAUUGUGUAUUCAUCUGUCAAUUAUAAACAAAUAUGGCGUCCAUGGCGCGUCAAAUAGAACUUGUGAUAAGCGUAAUUAAUUAAUAAUGUCAUAUUGUGUUUUUUUUUCCUUUAAUUAUUAGUACCCAAUAAAUAGUAAACAUUA